AUGUCGUCGCAAAAUCCAUUAAAUGAAAAAUUACAAAAAACAUUUUACAUUCCAAAAGGGAAAUCAGGAUACGUUAUAGGUCAUAAAUCUACACAUUUGAAUCAAAUGAAAGUGAGUUCAGGUGCAGAUAUACGAAUAAUGGGAACAAGGAAUAACCCGUGUCAAGCGAUAAUUAAGGGUACUGCGGAACAAAUUAAAAUGGCCGUUAUGUUAUUACAAGACACCUUGGUUCGCUCCUAUCCUAUUUCACCCUCCAUCGGAUUCACUUUAUUGAACGUCUCGGAUGAGUACGAGUCGCGUUACUUUGGUAGUGAUAUUAAAAUCAUCUCGUUUAAUAAGGCUUCCAAUGAUGAUCACGAAACCAUCCCCUUUGAUAAAUAUAUUUUUGAGAUUAACGCUUUACCAACUUGCCCUUACCCUUACCCUUCAACUUCAAUUACUCCUGAAUCCCAUGUCACUUGUAAGAAUUGUAAUCCAUCGGAUUUUUCAACCAAUAGUUUAUCAGGGAAAGUCUAUAAAUUUUCCACGAUUCAAAUGUUGGAACCUUGUUUAAACCAUAUUUGUGAAGAUCUUAUUUAUGAAAAAAAAAUUACGGCGGAUGAGGAAUUUCGAUUAAAAGUUUGCUUUGGUAAAGUAAUAUUUACUAAAAUCGAACAAACUUCUCUUACUUUAUGUGAGUGGAAUGGAUUAAAGAGAGGUCAUAAAGGAGUCACUACGUCAUUCAAUCAUGAUGUUGGAUCUCCUGAGAGAGAUUAUUUAAUUGAAAGGUUAAUUCAAGAUUUUGGAUUUCGUCAAGUUAAUCUUGUUGAGGAAACUGUCAUUACAAUUUUAUUUACCGAGAGAAAUACAAAUUGUAGAAUGAAAUUAUAUUUUGACCCAAUAGAUUCUACUUGGAAGAUAAGAAAGCUGACGAAAAAUAUUUAUCGACACGCAAUAAUCGACAUCGUUUCGGGAAAGGAAUCCCCCGAUUUACGCUUCUUGAUCAAGUCUCAAAUCCCGUCAUUUUCCAUUGUCCAAAAGUAUCAUACAACGAUCAAUAAUAUUCAAAGGUCCAACAGAUUCCUCGGUAGAAUGAAUUUAAUCAACGGACCAUUGCCAUUACAGUUGGAUUGUAGUAAAAUGUAUAUUAGACAAAGUGAUUUUGUCUCAAAUCGAAAUUUCAAAUGUACGAGUGUUAGACAAUCAAUCAUCAAAAAACAAUUUAUAAAUGGAAUUUAUACGCUUAAUUUCAUGUCUACUUUACAAGAUGAAGAAGGUAGAGUUACUUCGGAAGAUACAGUCAAUUUGAUCCAUCAUUCUUGGAUCACGCCGUCGUUUUCGGGACGUGCGCCAAUAAAUCCUGAAGAUCCGAAAUUUCACGAUUCAAUCAUCGAAUCCAUUAAUCUCGCAAGAAGGCUCACUGAAAUGAUCGGACGUUGA